AUGAUACGGUGUAUGCGGCGUCGCUCCAGGACAAUCUGUCUGUCCUUGGCCUUCAUCACCAUUUUCCUCCACCUCCUCCUGGCGCUCACCUCGCUUUCCAUUUACCACCAGCCCUGUGACCCCCCACCGCCUCCCAGGACAGACAUCCUGAGAGUCCUGGCACACACCAGCUACACUUCUGUGGGGGUCGGUAGAGGUCCAGCCGAGCCACCAACUGAUACUUUGCAAAGACAUUUUUCCAACAAAGAUGCCAAAGGGGGUGCCAAAGGUCACAUACAAACACUUUCUGACAAAGGCUGGUCAGUGAAAGGGGGUGAAAAUGCCUCAAUCAGUUUGGCAGGCGGCGUGGGCCAUCAUGACUCCAACCAAGCUGAACCUUUGGAGUCUGACUUGUCAAAGCUGGAGGCGCUGUUUGACCAUCCGCUUUACAACAUACCCAGUCCGGCUGUCCCUGAGGAGGACUGGCUGCUGAAAGUGAAACCAAAGGUGAAGGCGAUUGAGAAGAGCUCACAGAUGUGGGUGAGUGCAAGCCAGGAAGCCUACGAGGAUGUCCAGUGGACCAGCGACAGUAACAGCCACCCACCGUGGCUGAGAUUCCACCUGAACAUCUCCCGCUGGCAGCUCUACCUCCAUCGUGACCCCAACAUGGAGCCUCUGACCCAGCAGCUUGCCACGCACCGCAUCGUCAGUGCAGUGCAGAAGUCUGGCGGGACGCAGCUCAAGCUGGUGAUGUCAUUCCCCAACUAUGGACAAGCCAUGUUGAAACCCAUGAAGCAGGAGAGAGAUGAAGAGACCAACUACAACCUCUACUACUUUUCUGACUUUGAGAGACACAAUGCAGAAAUCGCAGCUUUUCACCUGGACAGGAUUUUGGGCUACAGGAGAGUCCCUCCUGUGGCUGGGAGGCUGGUUGAUGUGGUCAAGGAGAUCAAAGACAUCACUACCGACCGCAAGCUGGCCCGAACCUUUUUCACCUCCCCUGUGGGGAAUGUGUGCUUCUACGGCCAGUGCUCCUACUACUGCUCAACAGAGCAUGCUGUGUGCGGCCGCCCCCGGCACCUGGAGGCCUCCUUGGCUGUCAUGCUGCCAGAUCUGUCCCUGGCCUCCCGCAGGACCUGGAGAUCCCCAUGGAGACGCUCCUACAGCCGGAGCAAGCUGGCAAAAUGGGAGACAGAACCUGACUACUGUUCGACAGUGAAAAAGACCCCGCCGUACGACAAAGGCACCAGACUGGUGGACUUUAUGGAUAUGGUCAUACUGGACUUCUUGAUGGGUAACAUGGACAGGCACCACUAUGAAACUUUUGAGAAGUUUGGCAACAAUACUUUUCUACUGCACCUCGACAAUGGGAGGGCAUUUGGGCGUCACUCCAAAGAUGAACCUUCUAUCUUAGCUCCACUUGAACAGUGCUGCAGAAUCCGUCGCUCUACUUGGCUACGCCUACGCCUUCUGUCUUUACCACAGUAUCGCCUUAGUGACGUCAUGAGGGCCUCACUUUUCAGUGAUCCCCUUCACAGGGUGGCCCCACUGCUGUCAGAGCCCCACCUCGCUGCUCUCAAUUGACGUUUGAAAACUGUGCUAGAGACCUUAAGUCGUUGCCAAAAGCAACAGAAAGGGGAUGGUGGUGGCGAAGAGGUCUUUUAUGACGAUAUUGCCGAUUUGAAAGACCUGGUCGUUCCUCCUGAAUAGAGCAGCCUCACGUGUUCAUCACAUGGUAUCUGUGUCUAUAAUUACAAAACAAUGAAAGGAGUUUAUGCCAAACUUCAAGACACAAGAACCAAAAUUGUGUCUUGACAUACUUCCAGUUAAAACACUAUGCAUACACACUUGAUUACUGACAUUUUAAAACCAUCUUUGACUUAUAGCUGUGACACACCCUACAACAUACAUACGUUUUUAGCCAAUUUCAUGUAGUGUUGUUGUUGGAAAAGGGAACAUAGCUAUUUGAGUGCUAGCAAAUGACUCAGAGUGACUGUUGCAGUAGAAAUUACCAACAAUCAGUACAAGUAAGUCUUUUAAUUAACUUAAAGGAACGCCUUUGUAACCUCAUUUCCAUUUGGCAAUCCUGAGAAUAGCUUUAUGCAGUCUGUCAAAACUUUGUCCACGAAAUGAAAUACUGAGAUAGAAAUGAAAUACAGACAGACUUGGCGUUUUUGGUUUUGUUAGUAUUUUUGUGAGUUUUUUGGUGAAUAAAACCCCUGUGUUAUUCCGGCCUGCCUUGUCUGCUCUGUGCCGCUCUCGUUUUGGGUUCGAAAUUCCCACAAACCAUAACAGUUUGUACUGCAAAAAAGCUUAAUCCUCAUCAAAAUUGACCCAUUUUAAAGUUUGAAAGUGUGGGAAAAAAUAUAUAUAAUCAUAGUGAAACUUCUGAUGUCCACAUUUUCAACAUUUUUGGGAAAUCUUUGAACAUUUUUUGGUGGGAGAAAAGGAAAUGUUAAAAAUGUUUCUUAAGAACAUUCACAACAAAUCAUUUUUUUGUGAAUGUUCUUAAAGAAAAUAUCAGAAGUUUUAUUGAUAUAUAUGUAAUCACUUUAGAUAUUGUUAGGGUUUUUUUUUUUGAAGAUUUUUGCUCAUUUUUUGAAAAUAUUUACAAGAAUUUUCUUGUCAAAUUUGGGGGAGUUUUUGAAAUGAAACUUUUAAGGAAUUAUUAGAAU